AUGAAAGAAGAACUUGAUGCAUUAACCAAAAACCAUACGUGGGAUCUAGUCACUCUCCCUCCUGGUCAGUCUGUGGUUGGUUGUAAGUGGAUCUAUAAGAUCAAGACUCACUCUGAUGGUUCCAUUGAGCGCUACAAAGCUCGUCUUGUUACAAAAAGUUUUACACAGGAGUAUGGGAUUGAUUAUGAAGAGACCUUUACUCCAGUGGCUUGUAUCUCAUCUGUUCGUGCCCUCUUAGUUGUUGCUGUUACUAGUAAAUGGGAUCUUUUCAAGUGGAUGUUAAAAAUAUCUUCCUUAAUGGGGAUCUGA